GUCCUCCCCUGCCGGGCCGACGUCGUGGCCGAGUUCGGGCUGUUCUGCGAGGCCGGGUGCCAGCAGGAGCUCGACGGAGGAGAGCUCAGGUGCAGGUGCGACCGGUGCCAGGCCUGGGCCGACUUCGUGGCCGGGCGCGGGGCGCCCGCACGGCUCGGGCCCCCCAGGCCACAGUACGAGGUGCUGACCCGCGAGUUCGCCGACGCGCUGGCGGGGUACCUGCGGUCGCGGCUGCGGCCGGGGGACCUGCUCCUGGAGGUGGGCGCGGGCGACGGCCGCCUCGGGCGGGCGCUGCGCGCGAGGCUGCCCGCGGAGCUGCGCGUGGCCGUCACCGACUCGGGCGCCCGCGGCCUCGACGCCGCCGGGCUGGUCGAGAGGCGGGACGCCGCGGAGGCCGUGGCGGCGCUCCGCCCCGCGGUGGUGCUGUGCUCGUGGAUGCCUCUGGGCCGCGACUGGACGGCCGCCUUCCGGGGCGCCCCGGGGCUGCGGGAGUACGUGCUCGUGGGGGAUCCCGGGAUCUGCGGGGCGCCCUGGGAGACGUGGGGCCACAGGCCCGGGGGAAGGAAGCGAGGCAUCUGCAACUUCCACUGCUCGUCCUGUGGAGCCCCUGGUCGCCACGGCCGGGUCCUCCCUCCCGCGGGGCAGCGCUGCCGCGCCGUGCGGCGCCUGAGCGCGAACUCGCUGCCGCGCGAUCUUGCUGCAGGCGGCCGGGCGGCCGCGGGGAGCCCGAGGGCCGACGGGUGGACCGCGGCGCCCCUGCCCGAGGUCUCCCGGCACCAGCUGGGCCGCACGGACGAGCGCUGGAGCUGCGCCUCGCGCAGCGUCGCGGUGUCCUUCCGCCGGGGCCCGCCGGCCGCGCCCGCGGCGGCGCCGCCGCAGCCUGCCGCCAAGAGGGCCCGGGCGUGCGGGGCGCGGCCGCAGGACCCCCCCCCGGACGGCGCGGCGGGCGCCGCGCCGGCCGGGGUGGCCGCCGGCGCCGGGCCUGGGCGCGGGCUGUGGCCCGACUCCGACGUCGCGUACUUCGGGAAGUACGACUCCGCCUUCGUCCACGAGGAGAUGCUCCGCGACGGCGCCCGCUGCGCCGCGUACGCGGCGGCCAUCAGGGCGCCCGGCUCGCUCGUGCGCGGGGGCGUCGUGAUCGACGUGGGUGCCGGGAGCGGCCUCCUGAGCUGCAUGUGCGCCCGCGCGGGCGCGAGGAAGGUCUUUGCGGUGGAGGCCAGCGCCCCCAGCGCGGCGCUCUGCCGAGAGCUGGUGCGCGCCAACGCCUGCGAGGGCAUCGUGGAGGUCGUGGAGGGCCGGCUCGAGGACGUCGAGCUCCCCGCCGGCACGCGGGCGGACGCCAUCGUCUCGGAGUGGAUGGGCUUCUUCCUGCUCUACGAGUCCAUGCUCGACUCCGUCCUUCUGGCCAGGGACCGCUGGCUGCGCCCCGGGGGGCAGAUGCUGCCCUCCCGCGCGAGGCUGUUCCUGUGCCCCUUCUGCGACGACGACUGGCGCGGGCGGCGCGCCGAACUGCUGCGCGACGUCUGCGGCGUCGACGCGUCGGCGCUGGCGCCGCGGCUCGCCCAGGAGGAGGCCGCGGAGCCGGGCAUCCAGGGCGUGGAGCCCGGGCAGCUGGUGGGCGAGCCGGCCUGCGUCCUAGAGCUCGACCUGUCCACUGCGACGGCGGCCGCCCACUGCACGCGGCUGGCGUGGACGGCGCCCCCGGGCCCCGGGCGCGCCGUGCACGGCUUCGCUGGCUGGUUCGACGUCACCUUCGAGCCCCGGGAGUGGCGCCCCGAGGCGCCUGCGGCAGAGCUCCGGGCGGGUGCCCCGCUCCUCCCCCGCGAGGAGCUGCUGGCCGCGCCGCUCGCCUCGCGCUUCGCGCGCGCGGGCGAGACCCUGUUCUACCUCCCGCCCGCCAGCCCGCCGCUGGCGCUGCUCCCGGGGGCCCAGCUCUCCGCGCGGGUGGAGCUCCGGAGGCCCCCGGAGAACCCCCGGUACCUGACCGGGCGCCCGGGCGCCGCCGCUGCCGGUGGCGCGGGUGCGGGGCACGUCGCGGGCCGCGUGCUACGGAGGGGCGCG